UCGAGCACUAAAUGAUGGACGAGGUGAGCCGGAAUUUCUCCAGAUAUAAUUGGCAGACUCAAGGAUGGCAUACUUGGCCCUUUUGCGGUGCUGAUCGAAUCUGCUGUGUAUUAUCAAAUGCACUGUACCUCUCUAUACGUAUCCUGAUUUCCGUUCCUCGGUUCGGCCAAUCUCUUUCAUGCCCUAUAAAAUAUCACACAGCAACAUCGUGUCGUUGAGUCAUUACCAGGUCAGGCACAUUUCCUGAUACGAAGUCAUGGCUUUUGUCCAGGAGGGAACUGCUCAGCUCACAGAGGCGGCGAAGUCGUACGAAUCUGUACCCAUCUAUGACACCAUUGCGGACCCCACAAACCUCAGGACAUUCCUGACGGAAGAUAUCUAUCUCCUCGGAGGCCAGUUUGCUAUCCUUUGUCAGUUUGCCCAUCCUGCCCUGGCCAAGGGCAGCUACAACCACUCCAGCUUUGCCACUCGCAUUCCCAGCCGCCUCCAGAAUACCGCCCGUUUCAUCAAUGCGGCUGUCUUUGGCACUCAGCAGGACAAGGCAGCUGUCUUCUCCAUCAUCCACCGCUAUCAUGCCCGAGUCAAGGCAGAGGACUACGAUGCAAAUGACCCGGAGUUGCACAAAUGGACCGCCGCUACCCUGUUCGUCGCUAUUCUAGUCGUUCACGAAACCUUCUUCGGGGAGUUGCCCCGAGACGAGAUGGAAGCGCUUUACCGAGAAUCUGCGGUAUUUGGCACUUCCCUCCGGAUGCCUCCCGAGAUGUGGCCAGCCACUCUUGACGAGUUCUGGGAGUACUGGAACCACAACAUCGAGACCUUGGAGGUCACCGAUAUGGCACGGAAACUGAGUCGCGAUCUCCUCUAUCCGGUCCAUCUCCCGAUGUGGAUGAGAGUCAUGGCCCCGUUCUCGCGGCUUUUGACUAUCCAUUUCCUCCCAGCACGACUGGCCAAAGAGUACGAUCUGCAACCGACUGUCUUGAGUCGGAUCCAGUUUCAGGCCACUGUUCGUGUCAUGCGCAUUGCAUACCCUAGUAUACCGCAACACCUGCGACAGACACUACAUAGGCAAUACAUGGAAGAUCUCGGGAAGGCAGUGGACAGGAUCAAAGAGACUGGACACUGGGCGGGAGUAUAGCAAGUAUGGGAUUGGAGAAUUCAAGCAGUGUUGAAUGAUGCCUUUGCAGUUAUCGGAUAGGUCAUAGUAAGAGGGACACAAUUCCAUUAUUAUCUCGAUGAUAGACCUGUUCCUCUUUAUACAG